ACAGAAAUUCUUCUCGCUUCCCUCUUCGCCUCCAAGAAACCCCCCUACUCUCUCUCGUUCUCUCUUCUCGCGAGUCCGAUUCGUCCGUCCUCCAAGACUUCGCCAAUCUUUCGCACGGACUCGAGCAGAUCGGUAGGUAUAUCAAUCUGCUCCCCCUCACGGUGUGGAAAAUGAGAGAUUUUUUGAAAAAAAUUACCGACGAGAGAAAUUUUUCCCUUGGCAUCUUUUCCGUGGAGUCCUGAAUUUAUGGCUUGCGAGUGUGAUGGGAAAGAGAUGUUCGAAAAGUGAUAAAAAUUUAUCUUUCUGUAAUGGUCUGGAAGUGGUCCUUUGGUAACCAAAAAUAUUUCUGUAUUGAUUUUGAUUCUUGACGUGCUUACUAUCGAGGGCGUCUUCCAGAUCGAUGGCAAGAGCUGCGGCAGAUUUACCACCAAAAGGUGGAUUCAGCUUCGAUUUAUGCCGCAGAAACGAUAUGCUGUUGAAGAAAGGGGUCCAGCCGCCGUCUUUCAGGAAGACUGGAACCACCAUUGUUGGCCUGGUCUUUCAGGAUGGUGUUAUUCUAGGUGCAGAUACUAGGGCAACUGAAGGACCUAUAGUAGCUGACAAGAAUUGUGAAAAGAUUCAUUACAUGGCACCAAACAUUUACUGCUGUGGAGCAGGAACCGCUGCUGAUACAGAGGCCGUUACUGAUAUGGUCAGCUCUCAGCUGCAACUGCACCGUUAUGCAACUGGACGAGAGUCAAGGAUUAUUACUGCCCUUACUCUUUUGAAGUCACACCUUUUCAGUCAUCAAGGUUAUGUGAGCGCUGCUUUGGUCCUUGGUGGGGUUGAUGUUACAGGACCUCAUUUGCACACUGUCUACCCUCAUGGUUCAACUGAUACCCUCCCUUUUGCUACAAUGGGUUCUGGAUCUCUUGCUGCUAUGGCUAUAUUUGAAUCAAAAUACAGAGAAGGACUUACUAGAGAUGAUGGAAUAAAACUUGUGUGUGAGGCAAUAUGCUCUGGCAUCUUCAAUGACUUGGGUAGUGGGAGCAAUGUUGAUGUUUGUGUGAUAACAAAGGGCCAUAAGGAGUACUUGAGAAACCAUCUGUUGCCAAAUCCAAGGACCUACAUCAGUUCUAAAGGCUAUUCCUUUGUCAAGGGGCAUACUGAGGUAUUGUCUACCAAAAUCACUCCGUUGAAGGAAAAGGUGGAAGUAGUAGAGGGAGAUGCCAUGGAAGAGUGACAAAUAAGCUGAACUUGUCUUGUGGAUUUCAUUCUUGAAACUUCCAUUUCUGGUUGAACUCAGUUCUUUCAUAUAUUCGAUGUUCUUGCUAUUAGAUUGUUUUAAACUGCAAAGCUUCUAUUGCUUGAAAGUCUUAAAAAUUAAUUCAGCCAUACAACAAUCGUACUGUUUAGACUUGCGGUGGCCUUAACUUUACACAUAAUGAAAGUUAAUUUAGGUGCAAUUGCGUA